UUACACCUUACACCUUACACCUUACACCUUACACCUCACUCCUCACUCCUCACUCCUCACACCUCAGACCUCACUCACUUCAUUACUUCAAGGGUUCAACAAACCACGUCUUCUUACUACAACACCAUCACCCAAUCGAUCAAAUAUUUAAAUAUCCACUCACACACCUCUACCUAGUACAUACAUACAUACGGAGUACACACAUACAUUCAACAUCAGCGAUCCAUAAACUUCUUAUUAAAGAAACAUCCUAUACGAAUAAUAUCUCUCCCCACAUCCUUUGUCAAUCCACUCGAGAACAUCCAUAUUCAUUCUCUCCGCAAUCGCCUCGCCAUUGGCUUACAAAGAUUCAAUUCAAUCCAAUCCCCCAUGUCAAGGCGUCUCUUUUCAAUGUCGGGGAACUUUGAUGAUCCACCGAGUCAUUCAUCCACAGAUUCUCCCACCGAAACAGCAGAAAGAUUAGUUCAAGAAAUUCUAGAGCGCGGUCCUAAUUCGAAUAAUACCAUCAGUCCAUCGGGUGAACUUUACAGAGCAAUAGGUCGAUACACUGAAGCACGAAGAGCAGAAGCCGAAGAUAUAAGAAAUAUGUCAUCGUCAGAACGUAGGGUCGAGAGGCAACAUAGAUUAGGAGGAAGACGCUCAACAUUAAAUCAUGGAUCAAGUCGGGAGGAAGCUGAUGAGAAUGAGAGGGAAAGGGAUGUAAAUGCACGAAGAGCCGAAGUUAUAAGAAGGCGAGAUGCAACCAGGCCUAUUCCUCCUCUACUUGGUCGUCGAAGACCUCGCCUCUUACAAUCCGAUCGAUAUAUGGAACCACAACGUGCUUCAGUCGAAGGCAAUCUUCUGAACUCCUUAUCCGAAGAUGUAAGACAAUUAGAAGCCGCAAGUUUAAACCUUCGAACUUUAUUAGCGACCCCAAUCGGUUCCAGGCUACCGUCACCCGAUCAUGUCACCGAGGGAGAGUUUGGUCGUAGAACCAAGAGAAGAAAAUUGGAUCAAGAUAAUAAAGGAGAAUCGUGGCAAGGCUUUAAAUAUGGAAAGUAUGGUCAAGUCGAACCUGGUACUUUACAAAUGGAGAUUGUUAGUUGUGAUGGAGGAUUAUUUCAAAGUUGUCCAGAAGGAGAAUAUGGUUCAGAUAAUGUUUUGAAAGAUGAUAAUACCGUUUACUGUACUAAAAGUAAUCGUUGUAAUAUUGUCUUGAAACAUCAAGGCGAAACUACAUUUUCUCUUUCAGAAAUAGUUAUCAAGGCACCUCAUAAAGGAUACACAGCCCCAGUUCAAGAAGGUAUGGUAUUUGUCUCCGGAACAUCGAACGAUCUCCUUACUCGUACUGCGCAAUACCAAAUUCAAUAUUCCUCACCAUCUCGAGAAAGGCCACCUGUUUCUAUAAUGUCUAUUCGUCAUAAUGAUGAUGGUACUAGAAGUAUGACAACUGCUCAAGCUCGUGCGGGACGUCUUGUUCAAUUGGGUGCUCAAGAUCCUGAAUGCGACUUAAAUACUCCAUAUAUUCCACCGACAGCCCAAAUUCCAUCCGAUUUUACCAAUAUUACUUCACCAUAUCAAGUCACUAUGGAAUGUAGUAGUGACUAUUCUGAUAAUGAGGAUCAACCUCGAAGAAAUCGUCGAGCAGCUUAUAGAAUGAGAGUAUCUAGAGAUAUUUCAGAUGAUCUUCGACUACCGGAAGAAAGUAGUGAUGAUGAAGAUGAAUUUCCUCCAGCAGGUUACAGACUUUCAGAUGAUGGUACUCAUUACUAUUACGAUGCAUCAUAUUCUGCAAGAGUCUCAAGAAAUAGACCACAAUUGGAAAGGAGGGAAACAGCUAGUAACAUUACGUUAGCAGAAGCGGCAGAAGCAUCUCAAAUCGCAACACAAGAAGCAGUUGCAGCUGUAGGAGGUGAACUUAUGGUUCCUCAUGCGAAAUUCUUUAUUGAGAGGGAUAAGAGUAAGUGUACUAUUAAAUUUAGUACACCGAUUAGUGGGAAAUAUAUUCUUUUGAAGUUGUGGAGUCCCGAUGGGAGGAGUGAUGGAAAUAUUGAUAUUCAGAGUGUGGUGGUCAAGGGAUUUGCGGGACCGAGAAUGUUUCCAAAAAUGGAUUUGAUGUAGGUGUUUGAUUCAAGGGUUAUUGUUUCUGAGGCAUGGAAAUAGAGGUUCAUGAUGAAUGGGAAAGGAAAUUAGGGUCUGGGAUUUUGAUCACGGUUGGGAUUUGGAAGGAUGGUAUUGGGGGUAUAUGCAUGAAUGAUUGGUGGGUAUAUGAAAUGGGAAAUAAGGUCGGAGCGAGGAGGGAGGAAGGAGGAUAUAGGAUCGCAUAUUUAAUGAGAAUAUAUGCUGGUACAUAUAUAUUAUAUGUAUUGAAGAAUGCAUGUGGUUUUGGAAAAAUGAGACCUGGUGGUCCUACAUUUGAGCAAUUGGAACUUAUAUCUAAUGGAAAUAUGAUGGAACUUGCGAUG